AUGGAACCACUGCAUGAAAAAUUGAAAAUUCCCCAGAUCGCCGCAUACGAAGGAGAUGGUGAUCCCCUCAGCCACCAUGACAAAUACACCUCGUGGAUGGAACUACAGGAGGCAAGCAAUGCAAUCAUGUGCCGGGCAUUCCCCUUGACUCUAGGAGACAAAGCUCAAAGAUGGUUUAGGAGACUGCAUGAGCGGUUGGUAAAGAAUUGGAAUGAUCUGGCCACGGUGUUCUUGGCCCAGUUCAUGGGCUUCAAAGCCGAAACCACGCAAAAGGAACGACUAGUGAGCAUCAACCAGGGAAGAAGUGAAUCCCUCAAAAGCUAUAUGACUAGGUUCAACAAGCAAUCCAUGGAAGUGGAAAAAAUAUCUGACGAUGCGGCACUCAUGGCCGUACUAGCAGGAUUGAGGCCCAGAACAAGAUUCUGGUGGUCAGUACACAAGGACGGUCCAAUGACUUAUCAUAAGUUCCUUAACCGAGCUGAGAAAUACAUAAGUACUGAAGAAGCGACCUCUGAUCAAGAGGAGGAGACCUCCGAACCCGACCUCAACAACACAGUAAAGGAGAAAAAACCAAGCGCAGCCCCCAGCCCGAAAAAAAGAAGGACGGGAGAGAAAGAAAAUGUCCUAGGGCUCAGCCAUACAAAUUUCGAGAGUACCACCCACUCAAAGUCUCCUUGGAAGAGGAUUGCGGGCCAUGAUACUGAUAACUGUCGGGACUUAAAAGAGGAAGUUGAGUCCCUAAUUCGAAGAGGUCGGUUACAGAAGUUUGUUGCCAAGCCAAAAGAAGCAGAUCCACCUACGACACAGCAGCCGCUGCUAUAG